AUGGCUUUGAACGCAACUCUAUUACUUCUAAAUGCGACCAUGAGGGCGGUCGUCUGGUCUGGCAUCCCAUUUAAUGUCACGGUCCAAAACGUACCAGUUCCCACGAUACAAGCCGCAACCGACGCUCGGGUUCGAAUUACUGCAGCAGCGAUAUGUGGUACGGAUAUGCAUACGUACCACGGAACAUAUGGAAGUGACUCUGCACCUUGGAUAAUGGGUCACGAAGCGGUUGGUAUCAUUGAAUCGAUUGGUAGCGCGGUACAAAAUAUUCAAGUUGGAGAUCACGUCGUGAUUCCUGAUAGUUUCGACCUUGGGGAACUCAACAUGGCACUAGCAGAGCCGUGGGCAAAUGAUGGAGCAGCACCUGGACUUGGAUUAGACUAUGGUGAAUUCUACGGAUGUCAAGCUGAAUAUAUUGUGGUGCCAUUCGCAGACCACAGUCUCUGGCACAUACCUUCAAAUGGUGCAGUCAACACUUCUCGAGAAAUCGACUACCUAUUUACUUCGGAUAUAUUUGCAACUGGAUGGAGUGGUGUCUCCUAUUCCGGUUUUGUGCCCGGUGACUCUGUGGCGAUUUUUGGUGCUGGUCCUGUUGGUCUACUUGCUGCACAUUCUGCUAUAAUUCGAGGGGCGUCUCGCGUAUAUGUUGUGGAUCAUGUCGAACAGCGUUUAGAGUUGGCAGAAUCCUUCGGAGCCAUACCAAUUAACUUCAAUGGGACAAAUGGAACAGCUGUCGAGCAGAUCAUGCGUCUCGAACCAGAUGGAGUUACAAGAAGUGUUGACUGUGUCGGAUAUGAAGCUGUCAACAAAAUCAACGAGCGCCAAAGCAAUUUGAUAAUCAUGGAUAUGGUAGCUGUCACAUCAUCUCGUGGCGGUAUAAGCAGUGUCGGCGUUUAUACACACAAUGGAGCCACCGCGGGAACACCAUUAGGCAACACAACUACGCCCAACGUCGAAUUUCCAAUUGUUAACUUUUUUGAAAAGGGGUUGACUUAUCGUGCUGGUCCGGUAGAUGUUAAAUUGAAUGCUCCUCAAUUAACCCAUCUCAUCGAGACUGGUGUUGCAAACCCGGCUCUGAUCGUGAGCAGUUUCAUUGAUAUUGAACAGGCCCCUGAAUAUUACCGCCGGUUUUCAGAUCACUUGGAGACGAAAAUUGUUAUUCGUUUCCCUUGA